AUGCUCAAACUUUACAAAGAGUACCGGGCGAGUGCCCGGGGGCCGGCGACACCCGGUCAACCAACUUUGGGACGCUGUGUUGGAGUAGAAGAACAUCAUGCUGUUGACAUUGACCUGUAUCACUGUCCCAACUGUGCAGUUCUACAUGGCUCCUCCCUGAUGAAAAAGCGGAGGAACUGGCACAGGCACGACUACACAGAAAGUGAUGAUGGUUCCAAACCAGUGCAGGCUGGAACCAGGACUUUUGUUAAGGAGUUACGUUCUCGAGUCUUCCCAAGUGCCGAUGAAGUCAUUGUAAAGAUGCAUGGUAGUCAGCUGACGCAAAGAUACCUGGAGAAACAUGGAUUUGAUGUCCCUAUUAUGGUCCCUAAAUUAGAUGAUCUUGGACUCAGGCUCCCUCCACCUGUUUUUUCUGUGAUGGAUGUUGAACGUUACGUAGGUGGUGACAAAGUGAUAGAUGUCAUUGAUGUGGCAAGGCAGGCUGACAGCAAAAUGACGCUUCACAAUUAUGUUAAAUACUUCACAAAUCCUAACAGACCAAAAGUGUUAAAUGUGAUCAGCCUUGAAUUUUCAGAUACCAAGAUGUCUGAAUUGGUGGAGGUCCCUGAUAUAGCCAGAAAACUUUCCUGGGUUGAAAAUUAUUGGCCGGAUGAUUCAGUGUUUCCCAAGCCAUUUGUUCAGAAAUACUGCUUAAUGGGAGUUCAAGACAGCUAUACAGAUUUCCACAUUGACUUCGGUGGGACUUCAGUCUGGUACCAUGUCCUCUGGGGUGAGAAGAUUUUUUAUUUGAUAAAGCCAACAAAUGAAAAUUUGGCACUCUAUGAAUCUUGGAGUUCAUCUGUGACUCAGAGUGAGGUGUUCUUUGGAGAUAAAGUUGAUAAAUGCUACAAAUGUGUGGUGAAGCAGGGACAUACCUUAUUUGUUCCUACAGGGUGGAUUCAUGCUGUGCUCACUUCUCAGGACUGUAUGGCUUUUGGGGGAAACUUUCUGCACAAUCUUAAUAUUGGCAUGCAGCUCAGGUGUUAUGAGAUGGAGAAAAGACUAAAGACACCGGAUCUUUUCAAAUUCCCUUUCUUUGAAGCCAUAUGUUGGUUUGUAGCCAAAAAUUUGCUGGAAACCCUGAAAGAACUGAGAGAAGAUGGUUUCCAGCCUCAAACUUACUUAGUACAGGGAGUGAAAGCACUACAUUCUGCUUUAAAAUUAUGGAUGAAAAAAGAACUUGUAUCUGAACAUGCCUUUGAAAUUCCAGACAAUGUUAGACCUGGACAUCUUAUUAAGGAACUUUCUAAAGUAAUUCGAGCAAUAGAGGAAGAAAAUGGCAAGCCAGUUAAAUCUCAGGGAAUCUCUACUGUGUGUCCAGUUUCUCGGUCCUCAAAUGAAUCAACUUCCCCAUACCAUUCCCGAAGAAAGAUGAGGAAACUUCGAGAUCAUAAUGUCCGAACUCCUUCUAAUCUAGAUAUCUUAGAGCUCCAUACAAGGGAGGUCCUCAAAAGAUUGGAGAUGUGUCCAUGGGAAGAGGACAUCUUGAGCUCUAAACUGAAUGGAAAGUUCAACAAACAUCUCCAGCCAUCUUCUACAGUACCUGAAUGGAGAGCAAAAGAUAACGAUCUACGAUUACUGCUGACAAAUGGAAGAAUAAUUAAAGAUGAGAGGCAGCCCUUCGCAGAUCAGAGUCUUUACACAGCAGAUAGUGAAAAUGAAGAGGAUAAGAGAAGGACCAAAAAGGCAACCAUGAAGAUGGAAGAAAGUUCAGGAAUAGAGGGGACAGAGAGCGAAGAAUCUCAAAAACCACUUAAUAGGUUUUUUACAAGUGUGAAAUCAGAACUCAGGAAUAGAUCAUCAGAAUAUUCUGAUAUUUCUGAUUCAGAAGACUCUGGACCUGAUUGCACUGCAUUGAAAAUUCAUUUCACCACUGAAGAGUCUGAAAGUUCAGGUGAUGAAAAGAAACAAGAAAUAACAUCGAACUCUAAGGAGGAACCUGAUGUGAUAAGGAAUUUCCUUCAGAAGAGCCAGAAGCCGUCUAGAAGUGAAAUUCCAAUUAAAAGGGAAUGUUCUACCUCGACUAGCACAGAAGAAGAAGCUAUUCAGGGCAUGUUGUCUAUGGCAGGGUUGCACUAUUCCACAUGUUUACAAAGACAGAUACAAAGCACGGACUCUGCUGGUGAGAAGAAUGCUCUCCAGGAUCCCAGCAACUGCCAUAGCAGUAACCACGAGGUUAGGCAGUUGUAUCGCUAUGAUACACAAGUGGAAUGUGGUAAGAAAUACAAAUUAUCAGUCUCUGAAGAGUAAUAUAAGACUCCAAAUUUAGUAGCUCUGUAACCUACAAAAAGAAAAAAGCCGGAAGACCUAAGUAGAAGCCAGAAAUGCAUCAAAAAGGAAGGCUCAUCAGAAAUCAGUCAAAAGGUUCAAAGUAGGCAUUAUGUGGACAGCAGUGGCUCCAGCCUUCAGAAUGGGAAGUACAUACAGAAUCCCAGCUUGGUUUCAGGGCCGUGCCAGAUAAGAAAUGGCAGUCUAAGCCCAGAAAGGCCUCUUGGUGAAUCUUCCUUUUCAGUGCCCCUUCACCCCACCAAGAGACCAGCAUCAAACCCACCACCUAUCAGCAACCAGGCAACAAAAGGUAAACGUCCAAAAAAAGGAAUGGCAACAGCCAAACAACGUCUUGGGAAGAUCCUUAAAUUGAACAGAAAUGGUCAUGCACGUUUCUUCGUGUGAUAGAGCUGCUGUCACAGCCUCUCUUCCCUUUGGAGGCCAGUCUUGGGGCACGGGAGCCUGGUGCUUCUGUUGUCCCCCUGCCUGGAGCUGUUUUCUGUCUAGUAAGAACACUGCUCGAAGAACAGAAUGAACCUGAUGCUGCAUUUUUACUGUGCCACACCCACUCAGCAAUAACCCUUUGGACCUGGUGGGGAGAGGAAGAAGGAGGGUGGAACCUUAAAAAGAGACCUUGAACUGGAAAGGGUCUCUUGUCAGGGCUUGAAUUUCAUUUUGUUAUUGGUAGUGUCUUGAUUUAUUUUCAGUAGUAGUGUAAAGAAUUAUCAAUAAUUUAUUUAACAGAUUUUUUUAAGUUAACAGCUUAUAAAUUCUUUCUUUUUUAAAGCUAUUUAUUUGGAAGAUUUCUGGAGAAAUAUCUCACUAAUUUAGAUUUAAGAAUGUGAAGGUUUUUAAAUUAUUUUUGAUAGUAUGUGUGUUACAUGUGGGAAAGAGCCACAGUAACAGUAACUAGUCUGGACUCUUAAAUUUGAUAUUCAGGUUAAAGUCUUAAACAGGGAUUUGAUGCAUUAAUUAUUUUAAAUUAAGAUGUAUAUGAAAAUCAUUUUAUUUUAUAUAUUUCAUGUGUUUUUUAUAAGCUAUUAGCUUCGCUUUUGCUAACAUCCAAGGUGCAUACUGUUAUCCAGGUUGAUUCCCUUACACCCCACCUUCCCUCUGCACCCCCAUCAUUUUGAGAUGACCCAACAAAACUUUUCUCUGCAGGGAAACACUUCCAUAGCUAAUCUGUAAAAACACAAAAGAUCCCUCGCUUCUCAUUUCCUUUGACAUUGUGGUUUUCUUCUAAAUAUGAAGAAAUAGCUUCUUACAUUUUUCAUUUCUCCCAAUGAUAUCUGGGUCCCAAAGAGAACAGCUUUAAUAUCUUUUAGCUACUUGAGGGGAAAAAUAGAGAUUUGAUUAAAUUGUCACAUUUAUAGUUUUUCCAAAUACAUUUGUAACUAUAGAGGGCCUCCUUCAUAUUGCUUGUGUUGGAGGACAGGGCCAACACCUGCUGCAGAGGUUAAAUCUUAGGAUACUUUAGUCUCUAGACCUAAUUUGUUAAAGGCAUAUGUAUGAUUUGACUUAGGAUAUUCAAACGUACACAAUAAGCUGUAAUACAAUAGGACUAUACUAUAUAAUUAAGUUGUAUAGAAGCAUGUUGGACUAGAUCUUUUGUGUAUGUGUUUUUUUUUUAAUUUCUCAAUCUUCUAAAAAAUUAUUUCAGACACAGAUUUGGAGUAAAUGGGUGCUUUUGCAGUUUCUUCCAUCUAGUGCAUAUUGCAGUUAGCUAUUGGGUUGAACUUUUAAUUUAAUCAUUUUUCUUUUUUAUGUACAGUUUUUAUUAAUACCAGUUUUCAGUUGUUUAUAAUUUUCCCCUUUUCCCCUGGUGGCAUAAAAAUGAUGAUUGUGGGAAAUGGUGGAGCUAUUCCCAAAUCUAACAAUAUAGCAAGCAUUACACAAACAGGCAAAUAGACUGAAAUUUAUUUUUAGUUUAUGGGUUUUUCUUUGGCUGAGCAAGAUAAUGAGACUGUUCCUACUGUAUUAAAUAUCUUUUAUGGUUGUAUUCAAAUGUGUAUUUCCAAAAAGAAAUAUUUUUUACUCUUUCUCCACUAUAAUAUUUUAUGGGAUAGCAAUGGAGUAACUUAUGAAUUUCUUUUUUGGUUCUUGACUGUGAGAACCAAAGUUGAAAUCUUAUUUGAGUGUCAGGAAGAAUAAUUCUUUUGGAAAUUCUUAAUCUCUGUAGACUGCCUUCUUAGUCCCUGUCUGCACUGUGCCAUAAGUAGUGGAGAGAUGGAUGCAGUCAGCCACUGACUGGUCAGCAUAUUUCAAGAUGCACAAGUCUGGUUUGACUGAUUCCUUCACCUUCUCACAAUAUAUCACUGUGAUGUCUUGGUUUUCUGUUUUAGUGUUCUAAUAUACAUUUUUAUAUUAGCUUAAGAAAUAAGUAUAAUUUUUUUCCAGUUACUUCAGGAUCUGGACUUAUUUUCCCUCUACAUUUUGCACAACUCUAAAGAACUUUUUUCUUUAGUUAUAAAAAUUAAAAUAAAAAUUAACUUAUUUUUAUGAAUUAAAAUUGUGGCCAGUAUCCAUCCACCCUGUGUCCUUAGGCCAAUAAACACUAAUGUUGAGUAGCUAAUGUGUGGGAUUUUCUAAGUAAAGGUACUGUGGAUUCAAUUUUGCAUUUUAGUCCAUUAACUAGUUAUGUCACAAAACUUUCAGCAAGGUAAUAUAACCACUAUAAGUGAACCCAUGUAUCUUUUUCUGAAUUGGUGAAAAGUUUUAGCCACUGAUCUAAUGACUUUUGUACUUGGCCUCUUAUAAAGGUAAUGGCCAUGAUACACCCUUUAUCUCAUGGAAGUGGCUGAACCUUGAGGUGACUCUUGCCCACUCUGGGUUCAGUAGCAAUAGGUAACCUUUGUCUUUCCCUUAGUCUCACUUAAUAGAUACUGUACCACAGCUUACACAAGAGGACAUUAAUGAUAAUAUUUAGCUAGUCAUAAGCAAAUAUAAAUAUGUAAAAUUGAGAAUUAGUGAUUGAAUGUAUGCAACUACAAUAAUAGUAGUACUUUUUCUAUAUGAAUACAAGUAAAUGACUCAACCUGGGAUCCACUGUACUGUAAUUCACAACAUCUUGUAAUAUAAUACUUUCCAACAUUGGUGAAUGUGCUAACAGUACAAAGCAGGCAGUUUACAGUAGCUCAGUAACCUAGAAAUAUGUUAAACUUCAUAAAUACCUGUUCAUCUUUGAGGUGUGCAAAAUUGAACAUUCUAUACUGAAAUCAUCAGAAACUCAGAAGAAACAAAUGGAUCUUAUCAUUAAAUAUUUAGUAUAAAUACAGAUCUAUGUUUUGAUUAUCCUAAUUAUUGCCUUUUCAAUGUACUCUACUGUAUUUAUUCAUAUAAGAUCAGCAGGUAUUUAUCAGACAUCUACUGUGUGUCCAGAACUAUUUAAUACUGUAGGAGAAUAUUGUUGCAGUUGUGGUUUCUGCCGAUAAAGGUGUCUUCUCCAGGAAAUUAGCAGUAUUAUUUUUAUAUCUAAAUAAACUAGAGCAAAAGAGGGCCCUUGUCGUUUAAAAAAACAGCACAUUCCCAUAACUUCAUUAAUUUUAACUAAGGCACAUACCACUGUAAAAGUGGAAGCAAAAAAAUAAAAAAGACCUGACUUCUUUAACAUUUAAGAAGCAUAACAGAAGUUAGUAGUUUAAUUGGUAAUGUAAUGAAGUAGUACAGCUUAGAAAAAAACAAAAGAACUGAGUUCUGGUCUGAGUUCUGCCACUUUUGUGUCAGUGUGUGACCCUGAAUAAGUCAUUUUUUUCUAAAUAUUUCUGAGUCCAUUUUUUUAAUUUGUACAUUUAAGUAAAGUUGCUUAUUAGGAUAAUCAGAGAAGAAAGCAUUACUUAGUACUUCACAUAUAGAGAAUUUAUUAUUAUAAGUUACAAUUGAUAAUGAAUUUACCUUUAUAUAUAAAAUUUAAGUGAAAAUUCUUGUUAUUCACAAAACUUCUUUCAAAUCAAAUAUAUACCCAGAGCAGGCUACCUAAAAAAUGUGAAAAACCUCUAACAAGGUGCUAAGUUAAAGGCAGAAUCUAUGCUUGAAGUGAAAGAAAAAGAACUGAGCUAGUGUUUGGAAAACAUAUUGAGAAUGUUCAUCCUCAAGUACAUUAAGAUGAGUUAUUAUAGUGGAAAGAUAGCUUUAGGUUUUUCUCAAAGAGGAAUUAAGGUAGUACUGCUUCUCAGAUUUGGCAUGCUUGUCAGGAACUAGAGGAAAGGUAAAAUAAGUUAUGAAUUAGUGUUUUAGCAACUACCCACAAGACUAAAGGAAAAUAAGGUGAUAAGGAAGCUGGGACUCCACAGGACAGCUCCAGGUUGGUGACAAUAGGUUGGGUAAAGAGAAAGGUCAUUGGUGGUUUGGAGGGCAGACUCAAAAGAAGAGUUAACUGCUUGUUUUAGAAAAUGCUUUUCACCUAAGAGUAAGAUCACUCCCUAAGAGAUGAGAAGAGUAACUGCUAUAGUAAACGAUCAUUUUUAGUUUGCACAUGGAAGAUACCUGGUAUCUUCAUAAUGUAACAGUAAAUUACUUUUUCCAAAAUUUACUUUUCUCAUUAAAUAUUAAAUUGAUUGCUACUUAUUGCAAGGUCCUGAGUUUGAUUGCCAGCAUAGAGGGGGUGAGGUGGGAAGCUCAGGCUCUUCUCUUUCCUAAUGUCCUUGACCUUGAUCCAAAGCAGUCUCUAGGUUAAUAAGGAAAGCUGGUCAGUAAAGGAGACCAGUGUAACCCAAGUAGGGCAUGGAUUUUCCUGGAGACACAGUGGAUCUAGGACCUCCUGUAUCUUGCUUCUGCAAUACUGUUCAGUCUCUAAUUGUCUUGUGAAAGACAUCCAUAUGCUUCCUUGAAGCUAGGUGAACAGAGAGAAAAUUAAUAUACUCAAUAAAUUGUUAUUAAGCAUAAAAUAAUCUUAAUGCUGUAUGUAGCCUUACUAAAAACUCUUCCUUUAUUUUAAUCUGCUUUUCAGUGAACAUCAUGCCCUAAUUCAAAUAAAUAUUUAAUGUCCUUUCCAUAAGUACUUUUUUCCCCCUAAAUUAAGGUUAUUAAGAACCAAAUGCCUAUUUCCAAAGCAGGUAGCUUAUUGUGACUGACUGGUUUUAUUCAUCUACAGUAAUUUUUCAUUCUACUGGGGAGGAGAAAAAUAAGGCUCACUUGAGAUAUUUUUCCUCUUACCCUUGAUACCCCUUCUAAUGUCUUAAAACUUUGUCUUAACAACUGUAACAUGUUUUUGUCAGAAACAUUUUAGAAACUCUACCUACAGAUUCUUCCAGCAAGUUUAUCUGCUCUGCACUAUUUCAUUAAUAAAAUUCUGGCUACCACGUAGCUCUUGACCUCCAAGUAGUUGACCUAUGCAAGACUUGUGACAUUCUGGUUUUACUUACCUUUAUUUUAGAAAACAGUCAUAAACAGAAUAAGGGGGGAAAAACACCUUGCAUUCAACCAGUUUUAUUUUGGCCAUUUCUUUCACAAAAUAUCAGCUGUUCUCCCCCACGAUUUCUCACCCAAACAAUUAUAAGUGCUAGAAUAUAUAACGUUUUGCAGGAAUAAAAUAACUCAGACAUACACAUAUUUCUUUGGUGGAUGCUAACUUUAAUGUACUUAAACAUUUCUAACUUUAAUGGAUUUAAACAUUAUCAGCAUUAUGUGUAAUAUAUAAUCAGUUAAUUCCUUGCCUAGAAUUAUUUCUUCCCUCUAAGAUUCAUAAUUAAACUUUUAUUUUUACAAUACAUGCAUAUAACUUCCACAUUAUAGUCAGGGACCUGAGGUAUAACUUGCUAAGUGAACCCCAAGGUUAUUUUAUCUUGCAAAAGAAACCUAAACCAAACUAAGGGCCUUACAGUUUAUGGUUAGACUGAAUCAAAAGCUAUAACCUCAGUUUUUCCAAAAACAGCUUCUGACUGCAAAAGCAAGUCAUGCAGUUGUUAGGUAUGAAAUAGCACUGAUCAGGAAAUGCACGUGCAUCUCGCAGACUGUAUUUCCUUUGGAAAAGACUUUUCUACUUUUAAUAUAAAUUAAGCCAUAACAGUUUCAUGCUGUGGAAAGAGGGUGAAAAGGUUCAUUUUAAGAGAUUAUAUAAUAUGAAUUUUCACAUUUAUUGUGAAAUGUCUAACUUUUUGCCAGUGCUUCAGCAAGUUUCCUUUUAGGGGGGUAUUGGAGGGUAGUGAUGGGAGGGGGGUAGUGUUGGUUCUAGGGGGUUUAACUCUGAAAUUUGAAAAGGGGACAGUUGUUGGCUAUGGUAUUUACUAGUUUUGUAGUAAUGUUUUGCUAGCCUGACUGAUUUUCCUUACUGGUUUUUAUGCCCACAGUCCCAGGUGACUGUUACCCUUCUCAUUUGGGGUGUCUAUGGAGUAGUGUCUCAUCUAUGUGUGUAGGCGGCCAGUGUGUGUGCACAUGUGUGUCUGGGAAUACAGAAGCACACUGUGUGACAGUGGGAGGGUGUGGCUGGGGAGUGGGGUGCAGAAGCUUUAAGAGCAUUUGUUUUGAUUCAUAACAGUAUUUCCCAUCUUUUGCCUGCAGGCAGGGAAAGUGUACAGUAUUUAUUUUGUUUCUGUUUUAAUCUGAAUUUGUAAGUCUUUAAGUAGCUUAUAUUGGUUAUUAUAGGGGAAGACAAGUGACUUGUUUAAAGUUGUAUUUGGUAUUCUUUCCAAUUUCUGUAUUUUAAAAUAUUGAAAUUAAAAUUGUAUUACUUCUGUUUUGACUUUUU